AUGAACCCUCAGGGGGGUCAGUACCUCAACAAGGCGGCGGUCUUCUCCUCGCUUGGCGCUGCCCGCCUCUCCCAGCUGGCCCUGGGCUGCUCGGUGGUCGCCAUGGUGAGCCACAGUGCGGGCUACAGCGGCGGGUCGUACGGCGUGUUCUGCAUGGCGGUGUGGUGUGCGUGCUUUGGCAUGACGACGGUGGUGUUCUUCCUGGACGCCACCCGUCUCCAUGCCUGUCUGCCCGUCUCCUGGGAUAACCUGACGGUGGCAUUCGCCGCCCUGGCGACCCUCAUGUACGUAUGACAUCACAUCACCGUAAUCAUCAUAACAUCAUCAAAAUGAAACAAACAAGUCUGAAACGUCAUGACAUCACUGACUAACCGUGACACCACUAACAUGACAUCACUAAACAUGACAUCUCCUUAUCCUCUCCUCUUCCUCUUCCACCAGGUAUGUGACAGCCUCGGUUGUGUACCCGGUCUACUUUGUCAGAGCAGAGUGCCCCUACGCUGGCUGUGAGGUCCGGAACUUCCGCGUCGCCGUCACUGUCUGCUCCAUCGCUGGCUCCCUGGCCUACGGCGCCGAGGUGAUCCUCUCCCGGGCCAAACCGGGCCGGGUCGUGGGCUACAUGGCAACCGUCUCCGGCCUCCUCAAGGUCGUCCAGGGCUUCGUGGCGUGCAUUAUCUUCGGAGCUCUGGCGAACGGGAGCGAGUAUUCUCGUCACGUUGCUACAAUUUACUGCGUGGUUGUCUAUGCCGUCUGCUUUGCCAUGACAACCGUCGUGGUUAUAUUGACCGUGUCCGGUCGCACAGGGUGUUUGAAGUUACCAUUCGACCGGUUUGUUGUUGUUUACACACUCCUGGCGGUUCUUCUCUACCUCAGCGCCUCCGUCGUCUGGCCUGUGUUCUGCUUCGACAGGAAGUACGGGUCGCCAGAGCGACCGUCGUCAUGCCCGCGGGGCCGGUGUCCAUGGGAUAGUAAGGUUGUCGUGGCGGUGUUUAGCUUCAUCAACCUGGCGCUGUACGUCGCCGACCUGGUGUACUCACAACGGAUACGCUUCGUAACCCAGCAACCACGG